AAGUAGCCAGCAACAGUAUUUUGUUGUUUCCAAUGGAGUUUCGCUAAAUAUUCCUAAUAUUUUGGUUGCCACCAUUUACCCUUGACAAAACUCGAGACUGGAUACCUAUUUGGUUUUGUCAUGAUCAGAUCAGACUGAGGGGUUAGCUUUAUGCCUAGCUAGGCUAGCUGGCCAACAUAGCCCAAUGUAACUAUUAAGUUAAAGUAGCUGAGUCAGAGAAGGUUAGAGAAAGUGGUUUUGGUUGAGUUGUUACAGAAUUAGCUAACUUCCAUAUCGGUUGCAUUUAUUUUUCCUAUGCAACAUUUUGCUCAUAGAAAAUGUCCCAGCUCUUCUUUGGAAAGCCAGCCCCUACCUUUCAGUCUACACCAAAACCUGGUCAUCAUCAUCCCUCAUCACCCAAGGACCCUGAACAAGGACAUGGGCCAGACCAGGACAUCCCUGAUGAGACAUUUUCGUUUGUGACACUGGACGAAAGCCAUCGACAGCAAAGUGAGGACUCCGGCAUCGACAUUUCAAGCAUCUCCAAUAGACGUAAUGUACACAAUAGUACUUCCAGCGAGCUCCCAGGUGAGGAGACUACGACUGCUCUCAGUUCAACGAUAGAGGAGAUAGGGAAGAAGGCCCAGGAUCUGAUAGAGAGAAUAAACCAGAGCCGAGCCAUGGACCAGGAAAUCAUGACCACCUUUGAGAACAAGUUAAUGAAUAAGGUGAGUGAGGUGUGCCAGCAGGUGAAGGAGCAGAUGUUCAGCAGCUAUGAGGAGCAUGGCCAUGGGAUGGAGGCCAAUUUACAGGAGCUGUCUGAGGUGCUGGAGAGGAGCAGUCAGCUCAGUAUGGAGCUGCAGGGAGCCAGUCGGACCUUGUCAGCCAUCAACAACAGCCUGCAGCAGACGGCUGAGAACUGACAUCUACCCAGCCAUUCAUUUAUUUAAACUGCCUUACAGCAUCCCGACUUCUGGGA